CAUUCAACUGAGACUGCUCUUCUCUGUAUCACGGAGGCGCUCCGCACUGCUAAAGCUAACUCUCUCUCCUCUGCUCUCAUCCUUCUAGACCUAUCGGCUGCCUUCGAUACUGUGAACCAUCAGAUCCUCCUCUCCACCCUCUCCGAGUUGGGCAUCUCCGGCGCGGCCCACACUUGGAUUGCGUCCUACCUGACAGGUCGCUCCUACCAGGUGGCGUGGCGAGAAUCUGUCUCCUCACCACGCGCUCUCACCACUGGUGUCCCCCAGGGCUCUGUUCUAGGCCCUCUCCUAUUCUCGCUAUACACCAAGUCACUUGGCUCUGUCAUAACCUCACAUGGUCUCUCCUAUCAUUGCUAUGCAGACGACACACAAUUAAUCUUCUCCUUUCCCCCUUCUGAUGACCAGGUGGCGAAUCGCAUCUCUGCAUGUCUGGCAGACAUAUCAGUGUGGAUGACGGAUCACAACCUCAAGCUGAACCUCGGCAAGACGGAGCUGCUCUUCCUCCCGGGGAAGGACUGCCCGUUCCAUGAUCUCGCCAUCACGGUUGACAACUCCAUUGUGUCCUCCUCCCAGAGCGCUAAGAACCUUGGCGUGAUCCUGGACAACACCCUGUCGUUCUCAACUAACAUCAAGGCGGUGGCCCGUUCCUGUAGAUUCAUGCUCUACAACAUCCGCAGAGUACGACCCUGCCUCACACAGGAAGCGGUGCAGGUCCUAAUCCAGGCACUUGUCAUCUCCCGUCUGGAUUACUGCAACUCGCUGUUGGCUGGGCUCCCUGCCUGUGCCAUUAAACCCCUACAACUCAUCCAGAACGCCGCAGCCCGUCUGGUGUUCAACCUUCCCAAGUUCUCUCACGUCACCCCGCUCCUCCGCUCUCUCCACUGGCUUCCAGUUGAAGCUCGCAUCCGCUACAAGACCAUGGUGCUUGCCUACGGAGCUGUGAGGGGAACGGCACCUCAGUACCUCCAGGCUCUGAUCAGGCCCUACACCCAAACAAGGGCACUGCGUUCAUCCACCUCUGGCCUGCUCGCCUCCCUACCACUGAGGAAGUACAGUUCCCGCUCAGCCCAGUCAAAACUGUUCGCUGCUCUGGCCCCCCAAUGGUGGAACAAACUCCCUCACGACGCCAGGACAGCGGAGUCAAUCACCACCUUCCGGAGACACCUGAAACCCCACCUCUUUAAGGAAUACCUAGGAUAGGUUAAAGUAAU